UUCUCUUAACAGCAGCAGUUAAAGCAAAGGGUCGCCGAGCGGCGGUGAGUGUUAGACGGUGUCGGCCUUUUGUCUGCCGCUGUUCGUCCAGUCUGCUCGGGAAGAUUCAGCAUGUCCAGUGAGAUUCAGCCGAGGCCAGACGACAGCCCCAACACCAGUGGGGGCAGCUCGGACACUGAGCAGAGGGAGGCAGCUCCUCCGGAGCAGCCUGGCCCGGAGCAGCGAGACCCAUCCCAGCCCAAAAAGAAGGAGGCCAAAAUCCCCAACAAGACUGCUGCCAAGCUUUCCACCAGCGCCAAGAGAAUCCAGAAGGAGCUGGCAGAGAUAACUUUGGACCCGCCGCCUAACUGCAGCGCCGGACCUAAAGGUGACAACAUCUAUGAGUGGAGGUCAACUAUUCUGGGCCCUCCAGGCUCCGUGUACGAGGGAGGAGUGUUUUUCCUGGACAUUGCCUUCACACCAGACUACCCCUUCAAGCCACCUAAGAGAAAGGAUGUGUAUAAGUACAGUCCAUUUACCAUUUGUUUGUGGGUGUCUCACUGCAGUCUUGGUGCUUGUGUUGCAGCGGACCCUCUGGUUGGAAGCAUCGCCACCCAGUACCUGACCAACAGAUUCGAGCACGACAGGAUAGCCAAACAGUGGACCAAACGCUACGCCACAUAGUCUGGCCUGGUUGACGGUGACGCCCCCACCUAACAGCGCACACAACUCCAACACGCCCCUAAGCUAUGGAAGCACACCCACCCCUGGCCCCACCUCCUGACUUAUGAACUGUUCUUUGUUCCAUGCUGACUUG